AUGGACGUCGCCGGAAACUCCAUCGCCGGAGCUUCCAAGACCUACGAACGUUUGCAGGAACUAAAGUCCUUCGACGAAUCCAAAGCUGGCGUCAAAGGCCUCGUCGACUCUGGCAUCACCAAACUCCCACGGUUCUUCACCCGUCCGCCGGAGGACCUCGCCGCCGGCGAUCCAGCCAGCCGCCGGAGGACCUCGGAGGCGUCGCCAGAGACCGCGCCGGGGUUGUGGCUGGUGCUUGAGGAAACACUGGCGGCGGCGCGUGAGUUCCACGAGCUGGCGCAGGAGGUGAAGGGGGAGUAUUACAGCAGGGAGUUGAUGAAGAAGGUGAAGUAUGUGAGCAACUUUGAUUUGUAUAAGUCAAAGUAUGCUAAUUGGAGAGACACUCUUUUCUGUGUGAUGGGUCCUGAGCAUCUUCAUCCUCAAGAAUUGCCUCCUAUUUGUAGUUCCAUUGCUGCUUUAACUUGGGAUGUAACAAUGGAAUACUCCAGGCAAGUUCAUGUGCUGGGGAGAGUUUUAUUUGGGUUGUUAUCAGAGGCACUUGGACUUAACCCUGAGCAUCUUGAAGCCAUGGAUUGUGCAAAGGGUCACUCAAUUUUGUUUCACUAUUAUCCAGCACGUCCUGAGCCUGAACUCACUAUGGGCACUACCAGGCACUCAGACCCUGACUUCCUUACAAUUCUGCUUCAAGAUCACAUUGGAGGGCUCCAAGUUUCGAGCCAUAAUGGAUGGGUUGAUGUUCCCCCUGUUCCUGGAGCUCUAGUAGUUAACAUUGGAGAUCUGUUACAGGUCUUUUUCUCUUCCUCCCUUUUAAUACUCGAUGAAUGA